AUGGACGAAAAAUUACCAGUACCAAAGGAAUUAGGAAAGCAAAAUAAGAGGCAUCACAUUAUUGCUGUCAAUGGACGUGAUCGUUCAUGUGGAAAAUUCAUUAAGAGUGGACGUAUUUUGAGAAAUGAUAAGAAGAGUGGAGGUGGAAAAUACAAUUAUGGUACCAUUGGAGACGAAUCAAAGGUUUAUGUGAAUGAUCAAGAUGGUCUGCUCAAUAAGGAUCUGAUUAAUCAUGAUGCCCAAAUACUUGAUCAAGUCAAUGGAACGAAAACAGUUUCAAUAGUACCUCCAAAAGAAGAAGAAAACGAAGAUGAGGAUGAAUGGGAAGGUGGUGAAGAUGAUGAGUAUUAUGACGAAGAAGGUGGAGAAGAUGUUGACGAAUGGGAAGACGAAGAAGAAUAA